UCCAGGAAGCACCGUUGCAAUGUGUAAUCUUUGGUAUUUGUUUAUGUCCAUUCAAGGACAACUGAAAACGACCAAACACGUGCUUGAAACAAUGCUAGAUUGAUAACGCUUCGGCCAACUGUAACGACUGUGUUCAGGGCUCAGAAGAAGUUCUAUACCGGUUCCUGCUGCGCCGCUAGCUCUCCCUCCCGCCGACCAUGCUGGACUGGGUCGCUCUGUGUGCCAUUAGCCUGUUGAUAAGUCUUCUAACCGUGGCUGGUUACGUGUUGUACUCGGGACUCCUCUCAGACGUAACCGUACUGACUGGUUCGCCUCCCAUAAAGAAGAUUACAUUCGUCUACAAAUUCAAAAAAGGUCCAUACCAAAACUGCGGGCAACUUUUUAAGGAGUCUCUUAGUAUUGGACCAAAGCGUGCAUGUAUUGGAGUGUUUUAUGAUGACCCUAAAAAGGUGCCGGGUCCACAGUGUCGCUGUGCUGUCGGCAGUAUUCUGAACGAGGGAGAAAAUAAGGCAGAUGAGGAACUUUUAAAGAGCUACGAGACAUCCGGCUUUAAAGUUUUUUCCUUUCCCGAAGUCACACACGUGGUCACUACCUCGUUCCCCCACAGGACGUUUUUCUCUGUGCUUCUGGGAAUAAGAAGAGUUUACCCACGGCUCGAGCACUACAUCAAGGAAAGGAGGCUGUGUGCUCACCCAUUCCUUGAGAUCUACAGAGAGGGUCUGAUCCAGUUCAUGGUCCCCUUGGCCCGGCAGGGAGAUUUCUAUGUGCCUGAAGUCCGACCGGCAGAAAGGAGGCUGUUGGAACGUGAGGAAUUGCACAGUGACUCUGAAGUCUCAGGUGCAGACUCAAACAGUGACUGCAGCUCAGGGAGUGGGGUUCUCCUGUCGGACAGCAGAGAGACGUCCCUGGCGGGGUCCUCUGUCCGCUCCGUGGUGCUCCAGGAUCAAGGGAAUAGAAACUACAGACGGAGAAGCUCCAGGGGAACCUCGUUUAAAGAGCUGGACUGGGAUCCGACUGGUGGACAGCGGGCUGAGAGAGAAGAGCGGCUUCGUAGAGACUCCAACAAGAAGAGCCCGCAGGCUCACGAGUGGUGGGGUGCUGUUGGAGGAGAGGAGUAAAAGUGAGAUUGAAGGAUUGGAAUUAAGACGAUUGAGAAAUUUAAAAUUAGAAAAGUUAGUUUCAGGAUGGGUUCAUGUCCAAAUGGGGAAACAUUUAAAUGCGACUGUGGGUCAGUGGUUAGCAGGUCUGGUUUCAAUCAGAGGAUCGGCAGUUCGAUCCCCGCUCACGGCCCUAGUUGAUGUGUC